CCUGCAAAACAUCAUCUCUGUCACAAAAGACCAAUCCCCUGAAGUAACAUCUCUUACCGAUCCUCUCCAUGGCUCUGUCUCCUCGAAAAAUUAUCGUAGAAGAUCGUAUAGCUCCUCUCGAUGCUACCUCCGAUCAACCUGCUCUGUUCGACGGCACCACGAGGUUGUACAUGAGCUACACCUGCCCAUUUGCCCAACGUGUUUGGAUUAUCAGAAACCUCAAGGGUCUGCAAGAGGAGAUCAAAUUAGUGCCUAUAGACCUUUUUAAUAGGCCAGCUUGGUACAAGGAGAAAGUAAAUCCUGAUAACAAGGUUCCUGCACUUGAACACAAUGGGAAAAUCAUUGGGGAGAGUCUUGAUUUAAUCAAAUAUGUCGAUAGCAACUUCGAUGGGCCUUCACUUUACCCUGAGGAUCCUGCAAAGAGAGAGUUUGGCGAAGACUUGUUGAAAUAUGUUGAUGCAACAUUCGUAAAAACCGUGUUUGGCUCUUUCAAAGGUGACCCGGUUAAAGAAACUGCAUCGGUCUUCGAUCACGUGGAGAAUACUUUGAGCAAGUAUGAUGAUGGUCCAUUCUUCCUCGGCGAGCUUAGUUUGGUUGAUAUCGCAUACCUCCCAUUUAUCGAACGAUUCCAAGUCUUCCUCGAGGAAGUUUUCAAAUACGAAAUCAUUAUCGGACGUCCAAACCUAGCUACUUGGAUUGAGAAAAUGAAUAAGAUGGUUGCGUAUACGCAGACGAAAACAGACUCGGAUUAUACCGUUAACUAUUUCAAGAAGUUCAUGUAAAAAGUAACAAAUCUGUUGUUGGACCCAGUCGUGGCUUAAUGAUGAUAUGUUUGGCUGAUGAAGAACAUAUACUACAACUUAAAAAAAAAACAUAUACUACAACUUGAGAGUGUUAUGGAUUUCUGAAAUUCGGUGUUCUCAGUUUGAUAUAUAAUAAAAAAAAGAUUUGGUUAACUUAUUUAAAAAAAAAAAGAUUUGGUUA